CGCUUCACUCUGAAGGAUUUUUGAAUGUUUAACAUCCAUCAGCACAACUUUAACUCUUAACUUCACGCUUUUACUGUACUUUUAAAAAGUCACAGAUUCAUAGCAAGGUGAACCUGUCUUCAGGAUUCCAGAGGUGUGUGGGGUCAGCGAGAAAUGCAGAUCUCUUCUCCUUCUCAUCAUGAAACAAGGAAAUUAUCGUGUGUUGAGUUCAUCGGCUUCUCAUCUGAAGAUCCGCAAAAGAGAAGCAGGAAUCUCAUCUAUAGUGAGCAACACUCGACUCUUCACAGGUUGAAGUUGAUGAGUUCUGUCAGUGUGAGUGAUUUGAGUCGAUCUGUAGCACUGGACAAUCAAAACAACCAGCAGCACAGAGCAGGAACCAACGCUACCUGGAACAGGAUCCAUAAUGCCGUGAUCGCUGUGUUUCAGCGUAGAAAUUUGGCAGAAAAUGAACUCUACACACUGAAUGAAGGGGUUAGACAGCUGCUGAAGACAGAACUGGGCUCUUUCUUCACAGAGUAUCUGCAGAAUCAGCUCUUAACAAAAGGAAUGGUGAUCCUGCGAGAUAAAAUUCGCUUUUAUGAAGGUCAGAAGCUUCUGGAUUGUCUGGCAGAGACGUGGGAUUUCUUCUUCUGUGAUGUGUUGUCCACACUGCAGGCAGUUUUCUAUCCCGUCCAGGGCAAAGAUCCAUCAGUGCGCCAGCUUGCGCUGUUACAUUUCAGGAAUAUCAUUACACUUAACAUCAAACUGGAAGAUGCGCUGAUGCGUCCACGAGCCCGAAUCCCUCCGUCAAUCGUUCAAAUGCUGCUCAUCCUCCAGGGGGUUCACGAGUGUAAAGGUGUGAGCAGUGAUUAUCUGAAGUUGGAGUCUCUGGUACAGAAGGUUGUGUCACCGUAUCUGGGUACACAUGGUCUCUUCUCCAGCGACGGCUCUGUCACUCAGUGUUCGUGUUUGUUGGAGAAGCGACUGCAGCGCCACAGUCUGCGAUCCAUCGACUCGCCUGUAAAAAACCCAGUGGUUCGCUCAAAAAGCUACAACAUCCCGAUUCUGAUGCCGGUGGCCGAGUACGAGUCUGAGAGCAGCGCGGGGGGCAGCGUGAGCGUCCGCCGUCAUUCUGUGUGUCAAAUGACUUCAUGUGUGGAAGAGACGGCCUUCUCUGAGGUUCCUCCCAGCCCGCUGACGUCCUUCACCUCUCAGGCUGAAGAUUCUGAAGAUCUGGCACGUGGUUCUCUCACGUCUUCACCACCCAUACUCUCUGAACUCCGGGAAGCCCGCGACACCUCCUUACUUCCCAGUCGUCCGUCCAGUCCAGAGACUGUUGUGGAUCAGAUUCUGGAAUCGUUGGACUUGGACACUGAGGGAAUCUUUAUUGAUUUCCACUCCAGCUUGUCUGAUUUCAGCCACAGAAGUGAGAGUGUGGAGUAACUGUUGAGGUUCAACACAAAACACAUUUUUACACACUGCUGUUUUAACUGUGCAGUAUAGUGCUUCAUUCAGAACACAGAACAUUCAGAAUAAUAAAUGAUCAAUAAUGCAUACUUUCAUGAAAUGUGAUACAAUUAUGACCAUCAAAGUACAAAUAGAGAUGCGACUCUGGAAGGAUAGUUUUUAUGCAUUUUUAAGUUUAACUGUUUUUUUUAAAGGCACAGUUCUUGAUUAACAGCGGCCACUAGGGUUGUAUUAUAGAUUUGCCUCAAAUCGCUCAGUCCAAACACGACGGUGGCCACCACAGUGCAAAAAGAUGUCGUGCUCAUGUUGACGCAGGGAAGAGAUUUUGCGGGCAUUAGAAAGAGCGAUGUCUUAUAUAUUACAUAAAAUAAAAGGUCUGUGGAUUUUAAGUUUAAAAAGGAUAAAAGUCAGGCAGGAGCUGGACCUAUGUUAAUAUUAUAAAGACUUUCCAGCAGAGACACGUUAGGACCUGAGGCUUUUAGCAGAUAUGUACUCACAGAUAUCUAUGGAUUACUUUCCAGCAGAGAGACGUUGGAGAGAAAGAUCGUCUAAAAAUCACCCCAGAGGAUUCGGAUCAGUAUGUGAGUAAUAUACUAACAUACCAAGAUAUGUUGUUGUUGUUAUAAUAUUAGCUGUGUGACGGAGCAGUUUUGAGCGUCAUUGUUUAUAUGGAACCGCUUUAAUAUAGUACUCGUCCAGAUACUGGAGAGAGAGUGCGAGAGCGCGUUGGAGCUGAAUCUGGAGAGCGAGGAUCUGGAGUUUUACUCAAUGAUGAAUAAACUUUGUUAAUCCGCGGGUCACAUGCGGUCUGCACCGGAGAGCACGAUCCGUACGGAUCAUCCCGUGAUCCGUUUUACCACGAUACCGCAGCGGAGAGGAAGAGGAAACGCGCGUUGUAGAGUUGUUUGUCCGUUUAGGGCUGCUGUACAAAACAUGGCGGCGAAUUCAAUGUAUGUAGGCCCGCUCUGUAUGUAGAUAUAAACAGCUUAUUCUAAGGUAUUACAAACAUAAUGGUUCAUUACCUAAGGUCUUUAUACACCUCUGAAGAAAUAGUUUUAUAUUAUAUUGCAUUUCUGUCAAUAGAUCCUCCUAAAAAUGCCGUAUUGUUCCUUUAAAUAUCCAAUAAUGUAAUUUUUGAAUAAAAUAACCCUUCACUGAUUUUGAAGAAUUAUAAAUGUUAUUACAGAGAAGUUGAUCAUUAAAUAUGUUUGUCCAACAGUAAUGUAAUACAUUUCAUAACUUAGGGGGCUUAAAAAAUUCUUGUUCGUGUUCUACUCAUUUUUAGUUUUAACUUCAUUUGACAUCCAGAUGGGAAAAUCUGCUUUGUUGUUGAUUCAGUUUCCAUUUAUCAUUUAUGCUCAAAUAUGCAAAUAUACCUUCAGACGCCACCUUGAGUCACUUGAGUGUCAUUACAGAGAAGAGCUGAUCUCAGAUCAGAGCAAAUCAAUGAUCAUUCUUGAAUUUCAUUAAUCAAGUAAUUUAAACAGAUUCUAAUGUCUUUAUCUAAAAGCUUUUGAGUUCAGCGAGCGGCUGUGAGAGAAUCAAUGGUGUGAGUUAAAUGCUUAUAAAGUACUCAUUGGCUCGGUACAAAACUCUCAAUUCUAAAGGUGAAGUCAGCACAAACCCCCGCCCCCAUCC